UCACGGCACUUCACUGCUUGCGAGCGAAAUAGCCGAGCUAACCAUGCUACAUACGCUUCAAAACAAUUAAAAUAUUUCGCACGAUGAUGGAAAGGCUGAGCAUUUUAGAGAGUGAAAUUGGAGAGUCCUCUCUCCCUGUCUCCUCCCUGCACCUGCUGGUUCCUCCACUACAACUCCUAUCUGCAGCCAUGUGGCAAAUUCUACAGCAGCAAGAAGUGUUGCAUUAUGGGAAACUGGAGGAGUUUGUGUCGCUGGUGUUGGAGACAUUCCCAGAGCUGCUGAGUGAGAGCCAGAGGACCGAGCUCACUCUGGAGCUGCAGUACAUGUCCCCAGCAGAGUUUGGUUCCAAAACUGACCCAGCUCUAGAGAUUCUGUUGUGGGAGUUUAUUUCCAGACUGGAUCAGCUGCUGCCGGUACCAGAUCUCAAACAGACAGUGUGCUGGCUCAGUGCUGCCCCCUCUGUCCUGGAGGUCUGUGUGCAGUCUGCUUCUUCCCCAGACCAGCUGAAGACCCUUCUCAGGCACCACAGAAGUAUUGGUCAGUUGGACAUGAAUGCAACACUUCCAUCCAUAGAGGAGUGCAAGUUGUCCUCUAUAUCUCACCCUCCCUCCCAAAGAAUGGUGGAUUUUACCAAGCUGACAAACACCAACAGUCAAUCAAAAUUUGCAAUUGACUGCAUGACAUGUUCAAGCCCCAACUCUCCUGGUGAAGACAAAAAGGCUGAAUCUAUGUUGGACAGCUCUGAUUACACAGGGGUAGAGCCAAGAUCAAGUUUGAACAGAUGUGAUAAUAUAGAAGAGAGGAUAAAUGGAGAUUUAAUGAGCAGAGAGCAAAAAGACAUACUAACCAACAUGAAGGAGGAGGAAGAUGGAGAGAGGCAGAGUCUGAAAAUGGAGACAGUGAAUGAUGUGAAAGGUGAAGAGGAACUCUGGAAGGGGGAAGACAAACAGGAUGAGCAGAGGGAGGGAUAUAGUCAUGAAGUUUUCAAAACUGAGAAAUUAGUACAGAAUACAGUCAAACAGGUUGCAGAUCACACAGAUCCCUCUCUCCCUGUCUCCUCCCUGCACCUGCUGGCUCCUCCACUUCAACUCCUCUCUGCAGCCAUGUGGCAAAUUCUACAGCAGCAAGACGUGUUGCAUGAUGGGAAACUGGAGGAGUUUGUGUCUCUGGUGAUGGAGACAUUCCCAGAGCUGCUGAGUGAGAGCCAGAGGACCGAGCUCACUCUGGGGCUGCAGGAGUCUGGCUCCAAAACUGACCCAGCUCUAGAGGAUCUGUUGUGGGAACUCCUUUACAAACUGGAUCAGUUGCUACCAGUACCAGACCUAAAACAGACUGUCUCCUGGCUCAGUGCUGCCCCCUCUGUCCUGGAGGUCUGUGUGCAGUCUGUUUCAUACACAAACCAGCUGAAGACCCUACUCAGGCACCACAGAAGUCUUGGACAGUUGGAAAUUAAUACAACACUAGCCUCCAAGGAGGAGUGCAAACUAUCCUCCAUGUCUUGCCCUCCAUCUCAAAGAGUGGUGGAUACUACCAAGCGGACAAUCACCAACAGCCAAUCAGUAUCGAUACUCAAUCAGUGCAUGAACUUUUCAGCUGACACUAUAAAGUCUGAAUAUGUGACAGACAGUUCAGAUUACACAGAGCCAAGCGACACACAAACUGACAUGAAGGAGGAGGAGGAAGAUACGGAGAGGCGGAGUGUUAAAAUUGAGGGAGACGAUGGUGUGAGAGAUGAAGAGGGACUCUGGAAGAAGGAAGAAAAAGAGAGGGAUGAACACUGGGAUGGACAUAUAACUCACCAAGUUGGCCAAACUGACAAAUUGCAGAUGAACAGUGUAAAAUCAGAACACGGACAUCAGGAAGGGGAGGAGCUGUCUACCCUGGUCACUUUCUGUCUACUAAAACAACCUCGAGUGCUGAUUCACCGGGUAGAAAUUGGUAGUUGUUCAGUUUCUGUGUCAUCACUUCUUCCUCCCGUGGCCUCUAAAAGAGGUCAAGGAGUGAUGUGUCCAUGGAGAUGCCAUGAGAUCUCGUCACGGAGAGGAAACGGAUCACUGACACAGGAGGGUCAGGUUGUGACCCGGAAGAGAACGGCCCAGUUGAAGAGACCAGUUACAUCAGAGAAUGGGAUCUGUGCUGAAUCCUCCCUUAUGUCUCCUGCCAUCUCCCCCAGGAACAAAAACACAGGACAAACUGUUGAGGUGUCAUCUCGGGUCUUUGCCUGCUCCCAGUGCCCAUUCAUUGACACAGAGGAAGUGAAUCUUCACCAGCACAUUGAGAAGGUUCACCCAGAGGAGCUCAGCAGGACUGUGGGGUCCGAACAACCUCCCAGCAGCACACAUCAGCACCCCACCCCCCCUAAGACACUCCCCACCCCAACACAGUCCCACACAGGCACUCCAGGGGCCCACUCUGGGAAAGCAUUCAGUUCUUUGAAGAAACAUCAGCAACCUCAUCCAGGGAAAGACCGAUACCAAUGUUCCCAGUGUGGGAAGGGUUUCUCUCGGUCAAGUGAUUGGAAGCAACACCAGAGAACUCAUACAGGGGAGCGCCCACACCACUGCUCCCAGUGUGGGAAGAGCUAUACUCAUUUAAGUCAUUUGAAGCAACACCAGAGAACUCAUACUGGGGAACGGCGAUACCAAUGUUCCCAGUGUGGAAAGGGUUUCUUUCAGUCAAGUGAUUUGAAGCGACACCAGGUAACUCAUACAGGGGAACACCAAUACCAAUGUUCCCAGUGUGGGAAGGGUUUCUCUCAGUCAAGUGAUUUGAAGCGACACCAGAGAACUCACACAGGGGAACGCCCAUACCACUGCUCCCAGUGUGGGAAGAACUUUACUCAGUUAAGUGAUUUGAAGAAACACCUGGUAACUCAUACAGGGGAACGCCCAUACCAGUGCUCCCACUGUAGGAAGAGCUUUACUCGGUUAGGUCAUUUGAAGCAACACCAGCGAACGCAUACAGGGGAACGCCCAUACCAGUGCUCCCAGUGUGAGAAGAGCUUUAGUCAGUUAGGUCAGUUGAAGCAACAUCAGCGAACUCAUACAGGCGAACGCCCGUACCACUGCUCCCAGUGUGGGAAAAGUUUCCCACAGUCGGGUAGUUUGAGGAUACACCAGCAAACUCAUACAGAGAAACACCGAUACCAUUGCUCCCAGUGUGGGAAGAGCUUCAACAGCCCAUUCAAUCUGAAGCGACACCAGCAAGUUCGUACAGGGGAAUUUUUAUUCAACUGCUCCCAGUGUGGGAAAAGUUUCUCACAGUCGUGUCUUUUGAAGAUACACCAGCGAACUCAUACAGAAGAACGCCCAUUCCGCUGCUCCCAGUGUGGGAUGAGUUUCAACAGAUCAUAUCAUCUGAACCUGCACCUGGUUACUCAUACAGGGGAACGCCCAUACCACUGCUCCCAGUGUGGGAAGAGUUUCAAUAAAGUGAGUAAUUUGAAAAUACACCAGCAAGUUCAUACAGGGGAGUACCCAUUCCACUGCUCUCAGUGUGGAAAAGGUUUCUCACAUUCGAGUAAAUUGAAGUUACACCAGCGAACUCAUACAGGGGAACGACCGUACCACUGCUCCCAGUGUGGGAAGAGUUUCACACAGUCAUGUACUUUGAUCAAACACCAGUUCAGUGUACACAGGGCUAGAGCCAAGGUCCAUGGGUGUCUGCAGCUCUCUGCCAAACAAGAAACCUGCUGGCGUGCCCUGAAUGGACUCCUGCACGCCUGUCCAAUAUGCCCAGAGGACAAGGGGGAGGUGUUGGUCCAAGCCGCGCUAAUGUCGACUGAGCCCUCUCUCCCUGUCUCCUCCCUGCACCUGCUGGUUCCUCCACUACAACUCCUCUCUGCAGCCAUGUGGCAAAUUCUACAGCAGCAAGACAUGUUGCAUUAUGGGAAACUGGAGGAGUUUGUGUCUCUGGUGAUGGAGACAUUCCCAGAGCUGCUGAGUGAGAGCCAGAGGACCGAGCUCACUCUGGGGCUGCAGUACAUGUCCCCAGCAGAGUUUGGUUCCAAAACUGACCCAGCUCUAGAGGUUCUGUUGUGGGAGUUUCUUUCCAGACUGGAUCAGCUGCUGCUGGUACCAGACCUCAAACAGACAGUGUGCUGGCUCAGUGCUGCCCCCUCUGUCCUGGAGGUCUGUGUGCAGUCUGUUUUGUACACAGACCAGCUGAAGACCCUUCUCAGGCACCACAGAAGUAUUGGUCAGUUGGACAUGAAUGCAACACUUCCAUCCAUAGAGGAGUGCAAGUUGUCCUCUAUAUCUCACCCUCCCUCUCAAAGAAUGGUGGAUUUUACCAAGCUGACAAACACCAACAGUCAAUCAAAAUUUGCAACUGACUGCAAGACAUCCUCUUCUGGUGAAGACAUAAAGCCUGAAUCUAUGUUGGACAGCUCUGAUUACACAGGGGUAGAGCCAAGAUCAAGUUUGAACAGAUGUGAUUAUAUAGAAGAGAGGACAAAUGGAUAUUUAAUGAGCAGAGAGCAAAAAGACAUACUAACCAACAUGAAGGAGGAGGAAGAUGGGGAGAGGCAGAGUCUGAAAAUGGAGACAGUGAAAGGUGAAGAGGAACUCUGGAAGGAGGAAGACAAAAAGCAGAAUGAGCAGAGGGAGGGAUAUAGAAGUCAUGAAGUUGCCAAAACUGAGAAAUUAGUACAGAAUACAGUCAAACAGGUUGCGGAUCACGCAGAGCCAUCUCUCCCUGUCUCCUCCCUGCACCUGCUGGUUCCUCCACUUCAACUCUUCUCUGCAGCCAUGUGGCAUAUUCUACGGCAGCAAGGCGUGUUACAUUAUGGGAAACUGGAGGAGUUUGUGUCUCUGGUGAUGGAGACAUUCCCAGAGCUGCUGAGUGAGAGCCAGAGGACCGAGCUCACUCUGGGGCUGCAGGAGUCUGGCUGCAAAACUGACCCAGCUCUGGAGGAUCUGUUGUGGGAACUCCUUUACAGACUGGAUCAGUUGCUGCCGGUACCAGACCUCAAACAGACUGUGUCCUGGCUCAGUGCUGCCCCCUCCGUCCUGGAGGUCUGUGAGCAGUCUGUUUCAUACACAAACGAGCUGAAGACCCUAAUCAGGCACCACAGAAGUUUUGGACAGUUGGAAAUGAAUGCAACACAAGCCUCCAUAGAGGAGUGUAAACUAUCCUCCAUGUCUUGCCCUCCAUCUCAAAGAGUGGUGGAUACUACCAAGCGGACAAUCACCAACAGCCAAUCAGUAUCCGUACUCAAUCAGUGCAUGAACUUUUCAGGUGACACCAUAAAGUCUGAAUAUGUGACAGACAGUUCAGAUUACACAGGGGUAGAGCCAAGGUUGAAUUUGAACAGAGGUGAAGACAUAGGGCAGAGGACAGAGAGGAAGACUGGAUAUUUGAUGAGAAGAGAGCCAAGAGACACACAAGCUGACAUGAAGGAGGAGGAGGAAGAUAUGGAGAGGCGGAGUGUUAAAAUUGAGGGAGACGAUGGUGUGAGAGAUGAAGAGGGACUCUGGAAGAAGGAAGAAAAAGAGAGGGAUGAACACUGGGAUGGACAUAUAACUCCCCAAGUUGGCCAAACUGACAACUUGCAGAUGAACAGUGUAAAAUCAGAACACGGACAUCAGGAAGGGGAAGAGCUGUCUACUCUGGUCACUUCCUGUCUACUAAAACAACCUCGAGUGCUGAUUCACCGGGUAGUAAUGGCCAAUUGUUCAGUUUCUGUGUCAUCACUUCUUCCUCCUGUGGCCUCUAAAAGAGGUCAAGGAGUAAUGUCUCCAUGGAGAUGCCAUGAGAUCUCAUCACUGAGAGGAAACGGAUCACUGACACAGAAGGGUCAGGUUGUGACCCGGAAGAGGAAGGGCCAGGUGGAGAGACCAGUUACAUCAGAGAAUGGGAUCUGCGCUGAAGCCUCCCUUAUUUCUCCUGCCAUCUCCCUCAGGAACAAAAACACAGAGCAAGCUGCUGAGAUGUCGUCUCAGGUCUUUGCCUGCUCCCAGUGCCCAUUCGUUCACACAGAGGAAGUGAAUCUUCACCAGCACAUUGAGAAGGUUCACCCAGAGGAGCUCAGCAGGACAGUGGCGUCCCAACAACAUCCCAGCAGCACACAUCAGCACCCCACCCCCCCUAAGACACUCCCCACCCCAGCACAGUCCCACACAGGCAGUCCAGGGGCCCAUACUGGGAAGGGAUUCAGUUCUUUGAAGAAACAUCAGCAACCUCAUCCAGGGAAACACCAAUACCAAUGUUCCCAGUGUGGGAAGGGUUUCUCUCAGUCAAGUGAUUUGAAGCGACACAAGAGAACCCAUACAGGGGAACGCCCAUACCACUGCUCUCAGUGUGGAAAGAGCUUUACCCAGUUAGGUCAUUUGAAGAAACACCAGGUAACUCAUUCAGGGGAAAGCCCAUACCAGUGCUCCCAGUGUGGAAAGAGCUUUACCCAGUUAAGCCAUGUGAAGCAACACCAGGUAACUCAUACUGGGGACCGCCCAUUCCACUGCUUCCAGUGUGGGAAGAGCUUUACUCUGUUAAAUUCUUUGAAGGGACACCAGAGAACUCAUACAGGGGAAGGCCUGUACCAGUGCUCCCAGUGUGGCAAGAGCUUUACUGAUUUAAGUCGGUUGAAGCGACACCAGAGAACUCAUACAGGGAAACGCCCAUACCACUGCUCCCUGUGUGGGAAGACCUUUACACUGUUAAAUUAUUUGAAGCGACACCAGAGAACUCAUACAGGGGAAAGGCCAUACCAGUGCUCCCAGUGUGAGAAGACCUUUACUCAUUUAGGUAAUUUGAAGCAACACCAGGUAACUCAUAGAGAGGAACGCCCAUACCAGUGCUCCCAGUGUGGGAAGAACUUUACUCGGUUAAGUCAUUUGAACCAACACCAGAGAACUCAUACGGGGGAACGCCGAUACCAAUGUUCCCAGUGUGGGAAGGGUUUCUUUCAGUCAAGUGAUUUGAAGCGACACCAGAUAACUCAUACAGGGAAACACCGAUGCCAAUGUUCACAGUGUGGGAAGGGUUUCUCUCAGUCAAGUGAUUUGAAGCGACACAAGCGAACUCAUACAGGGGAACGCCCAUACCAUUGCUCCCAGUGUGGGAAGAGCUUUACUCAGUUAAGUGUUUUGAACCAACACCAGAGAACUCAUACAGGGGAAUGCCCAUACCAGUGCUCCCAGUGUGGGAAGAGCUUUACUCGGUUAAGUCAUUUUAAGCAACACCAGAGAACUCAUACAGGGGAACGCCCGUACCACUGCUCCCAGUGUGGGAAGAGCUUUACCCAGUUAGGUCAUUUUAAGCAACACCAGAGAGUUCAUGCAAGGGAAAGUCAGUACUGCUCCUAGUAUGGUAAGAGUUGUUCAGAUCACCUGAAAAACAAUGCAUGAUUGAAACUGGAAAAUGAUCAAUUCUGCACAGAUAUUGGGAAGUAUUCUCCCACACAGAGAGUGGUCACUUUCAAUUUUUAAAAUGUAAAAAUAUUGUAAGUACAUUUUAUUUGACAGGUUAUACAGCAUUAUUUUAUCUGUCCCUAUUCAACAUAGCUCGUUAUCUUCUUUCCGAUAAAGACUGGCUGAGUAACUGUGAGAGACGGACACUAAUAUCUUCAACUCCUCCAGGCUUUGUGCAAAACAUUAUGUGGCUUGAUAGUGGGAAACAAAGCUUUACUUUUCUACCUAAUGAGGUGGUUGUCAUUUGUGGUAACACCUUGUACACUGUUGCACAAGCCUCUCUUAUAAUGGCGAUAAAGGAUCAAUGCAAAAAUGCUUGUUUUGUAAGGUUUUGACUCUGUUGGCUGGUGUUCUCUUACUGCAGAAAUAAAUACCCUUAUAAUUACA